AUGUAUGCCGAUGCCGAUGCGAUCGAUAUCGAUGAUGAUGAUGACGACUAUGCUGGUAUAUUCAGCAUCUCCAAUGACUGCCACAGUUGUGACGACGACGCCCUCAAUGAUGACGACAACGUUCUCUCAUCAGUGCACACGAAGCGCACUGCUGUUGACAAGGAUGAAUCAGCAGAGGGAUUUCUGCUGACUCGCGAAGCGGUUGUCCGCUUUGUUCAAGACUCUUUGCAGAUGCACUAG